CUCGCGCCACUUUUACUUCACCCUCGUAGCAAGACCAGCUCCAGCUUCGACCAUAUUCUACCGUCAGCACCGUAGACCAACAUUUUGUCUUCUGGAGGAGGAGGCCCGGCUCGUACCUACCGCUGUCGGAGCUCUGGAAUGGAAAGGUAAAGACAGCACACAGCGAGCGGAGAGAGAGAGAGAACGAGGAAUUUGCCUGGAGCGCACAUUUCUCGUGGCCGGAAGAAAGUGCUCGGAGGUUUUUUUCUAUUCUUCGGUGAUUGCUUGCUUCUUGCGGGCGCCGAGAGAAUACUUCUUGACAGGGACGGGGUCACAUCCACAUCGAGCCGAGCCGCAUCGGGUGUCUGUCAAGCUUGGCGAAAGUGGUGGUGAGGAUUGUUUGACUGCCCCUUGCGGCGUCGCGAGUGGUGACUACGAGGCAGUCAAAAGCUGGGACACGCAGCAAUCUUUGAAUGCUGCAGGUUGUUCACCAGGAACGGGCCUGCUUCGACUGCUUGGACGUGGAAGCGACGACCUUAGGCUGCCUCUGCGUCGGGCUCGACUCGUCUCAUUCUGAUUGGAAUGUUCGGUUUUCGUGUGUAAAGAGGUGCGGGAAGAAAGCAUUUCGUGCGGGGAAUUUGCUUCUGGGCUAUCAGUGUGCGUAGUGAGCUCGUGCAGGAUACCCCGUUUCUUCCGUCGGCGGUAGUCUGUAGCGUUCGUCAAGAUGCGGAGUCCUUCAUGGCUCGUCAUUGGGGCUACAUUCCUUCUCGACAUCGUUGCGUUUGGGCUCGCUAUCGGAGCAGAGACCCAGCGGAGCAAGGCUACGAAGGAAAAUGACGGAAUUUCCUUCUACUGUCAGUAUACACAUGAUAGAGCGUCUGGCCUGGCAAUUGGAGCUCUCCUCUUCUUGCUAGUUGGUCAAGCCAUCGUCAUGGGUCUGACAAGCUGUUUCUGCUGUGGAUCUGCGACUUACAAACCAGGGAAAGCCCGAGUGUGGGCUAUCAUCUUUUUUACUUUGUCAUGGAUCUCGUUCAUCAUCGCGGAAUUGUGCUUGCUGGUGGGAGCAAGGCUGAAUACUAUAAGGACUCAUGCGAUCGUCAACUUCAGCGAUGAAACUGAUGAUCUCGAAGAUGAAUUGCAUUGCAAGCAGGUAAAGAAGAGCUUGUUCGGAGCUGGUGCAGCAUUCUCAUUUUUGACCCUUCUCUUCAGCGAGCUCUACUACGUGUUCAUCACGAAAGCUAGUGAGGGAUCUUGGCAGCAGUCAUACAACAACGGUGCUCCAACCAUCAGCAUGUCUUCUUACUCAUAGAUAUGUACCAGACGAAUGUGGAAUUCUUGGCCCAUAGGAAUUAUUACUGGCUCCUUGAUUUUGGUAUUUGAGAGCACUUCAUGUACAGCGUGAAGCACACUCGGCCUUCGAGGUCCUCCUGACUCUUCUCUCAAGGGACUGGAUAAUAGCCUCAUUUUUGGGGACUACGUCUCCGACUUCCCUGGAGCCCGAGGAACAUUAUACACUUUUGUUCAGUUGGUCUUGCAGACAACCUCGUCUUCCAGCCCGUUCACAGGACUAAACCCCUCUGCUUCUUUGGUUAGUCAAAGCUGUAGAUCUCAGCCGGUUCACUCAACACUUCCUAGUUUACCAAUUGUGUCGUGCACUGUUGAUCGAAAGCAAGAUCACCCCGGUGAUCCGCACAAACUGUCCAUGUAUCACGUCUCGACCAGGAGUAAAUGAUGGAUUGGCGAG